GAGGAAGAGGAAAGGAAGGGCGGGUUACCGAGAACUCCUCUCGGAGCGGUCCGCGAGGGUCGGAGAGUCCCGCGACAGAAGAGUCGGGACCGGGGAUCUCACGCGCCUGCGCAGCUGGGCGGUGGUUGGUCUGCUAAGCCGAGGGGCAUUGCGGGGCCGGAGCAGGACUUCGAAAGGUUGGGUUUUGGUAGAACCUCAGCCUGCAUUUUCUUGAAAGAAAGGAACCCUGGGAGUCAGUCGUUUAGUUACCCCCUUCCCCCUUCACAUUCUCUUUCUGGUACUCAAGAGAACCAACUUGGUAACUGCUCUGCACUAAAAUUCUCUGAUUUGUGGAAAGGAAAUUAAGGCCGAGGAUAAAGAAGAUAAACCACAUUUAACCAGACCCUUGGAACUUCUUUGAAAAGAAAAAUUAAGAUCUCAUAAAAGGGCCAGGGGGUCCCAGUGAAUUUCCAGGGCCUUCAUUCAAGUCAGCAGGCAUCCAACAGGCAUCGUGCUUUUUCUUUGAAGAAUUGUAAAGAGAGAACAGAGCCAUAGCAGAAGGGGGGAAAAUGUCCAACCCCUUCUUAAAGCAGGUUUUCAACAAGGACAAAACCUUUCGGCCUAAGCGCAAAUUUGAGCCAGGCACACAGAGGUUCGAGCUUCACAAGAAGGCUCAAGCUUCCCUGAAUGCAGGGCUAGAUCUGAAGUUAGCUGUUCAGUUGCCGUCUGAUGAGGAACUAAAUGACUGGGUGGCUGUGCAUGUGGUAGACUUCUUCAAUCGCAUCAACCUCAUUUAUGGAACCAUCAGUGAUAACUGCACUGAGCAGUCGUGCCCAGUGAUGUCUGGGGGUCCCAAGUAUGAGUAUCGAUGGCAGGAUGAGCAGAAAUAUCGGAAGCCAACUGCUCUCUCUGCACCCAAGUAUAUGAACCUUUUGAUGGACUGGAUUGAGGUUCAGAUCAACAAUGAAGACGUCUUCCCUACCAAUGUCGGUACUCCAUUCCCCAAGAACUUUCUGCAAGUGGUAAAGAAGAUUCUGUCCAGGCUUUUCAGAGUUUUUGUUCAUGUUUACAUCCACCACUUUGACCGAAUCACUCAGAUGGGCUCUGAGGCUCAUGUGAACACCUGCUAUAAGCACUUCUACUAUUUUGUGAAAGAGUUUAACCUGAUAGACACCAAAGAGUUAGAACCACUGAAGGAAAUGACCGCCCGAAUGUGCCACUGAAAAUGGAGCCACCUCUCAGAUCCACCUUUCUGCACCCAAGAAGCUGGAGAUACCAUCUGGAAACCAGAGACUGAUACACGCAUUAAAAAAAAUCUAUUUUUUUAAACCAGAAAACCCCCAGUGAAAAUUCCUUAUAUCUUUUCUUGAGCACUGUGACAUUACAGUAAUCAUUUUUAAGAUGCUUCAUAGAGUUAAAGAUUCUUUUUGUUUUGUUUUUAGAGUUGAUUUCUAGAGGGCAGCCUGCUAAAGUGGAAAGACCACUAGUUGUCAGCACUAACUAGUCAUGUCUCUACCACCUGCAAGCUGUGUGACUUUGGGGCAAAUCACUUCAUCUCUCUAGGCUUCAGUUUCUUCAUCUGUAAAAUGACGAGGGUUGAAUUAGAUGACCUUUAAGGUCUCUUCCUUCUCUAAGAUUCCAUAAUUUUAUGAUUCUAACUUUGCUUCCAGCUCUUAAAAAUCUAUGAUUCUUAGUGAAUGGAAAACCCCACUUUGUCCUUAAACCACUUUUGUCAGGAGGCAGAAGAGCUUUGUCAGCAAAGCCACCUGAUAUUUCAUCAUUUCAUCUGUGGCCCCACUGAAGUCCUCAUCUUGGAGACCUGAUGCUGUAGCAUAUCAGCCUGGACUUGCCUUGAGACAGUAUUGGUCGCCUUCUCUUGGGUGCUCUAUGCGCUAAUCCCCCAGACGUGGGAGGGGAAGGAUUGUUAUUUGCUCUUGAGAACCAGAUGGAGAACUUUCUGCAGAAUGAGGAGGAAAAAGCAAAGUGAGAGAGUUUAUUGAGUCAUAGUUAUGAAUAAGAGCCCUUUAGUCUUACAAGUAGCCACUGGUUUUUACCUCUAGUUUUUGUUUUUGUUUUUGUUUUUGAAUAUAAGGUACGACUAGCGCACAGACUGCACUCUCCCUCAUCUUUACUUUUACCCCAAUGCUCUGGCCGCCUCAGCUAGUCAAGAUAUGCAUUUUGUUGAAAGCCAACUCCUUCUUACUCCUUCUAAACCAGGGUUUCCCAAAUCAAUUUAGCCACAAAACACUUUUGGUUAGAAAGUGUUUUGAUUGAACCUUUAAAUUCCUGUCCAGGGAAUCCCUAGGAAAAAGGAAGUUGGAGACAUUUUGGAGUAAAAUGGAAGACAUUAAAUCUAUUUUCAUAAUGGAAAAUUGCUAUUCAUAAUUAGCAUUUUAAUAAUGCAUCAUUUCAUAUUUAAUAUUUUAGAGCUGGUAUCACUACCAUCAGUGCUCAUGAAAUUCUUAUUCACCUGAUGUGGAAUGCCUAGGUCCCACAGAACAGAGUUUGGAAAACUAUAAUAAAGCCCAGCACAUCACCAUGUAUUUCUUCUGAGCUGGAGAUGGAAUUUUCAUGAAGGUUCAUUUACCUCAGACUGAGGUACGAAGAACAAUCCCUUAUAAUUGGUGAACCCUAAAGGAUCUCACUUUUCCAUUACCAAGGAAACUGAGGUAAAUCUUCUCUCAUUCACAUCUUUUUAGUUGAGGACUGGAGUUUUGUUUUUGACAUCUUUUGCUUUUAGGUGUUUUGAGUUCAAUUUUCUCAUGAUGAGGAAGAAGACUGACCUUUGUUUGAUAAGAAUUAUUGUUUGAAAUACAGGUCACCAAGGCCAGUGGACCAAAUUCCUGUGUAAAUCCUUCUGGUUCUGGGUAUUUUUUCUUAGGGAAAUGCCUUCAUAGGACAGUGUGAACUCCACCCAAGUGACCAAAAGAAGCCAUAUCCUUUUCUCCAGUACUCUAGACCUAAUCCUUCAACUGCUGAAAAUUUUGCCCGUCCUUGGAUCAUUCCUGGAAUCAUUACUAUUGGAUUUUUUGGUUGUGUCUCUUUUGAUGGUUCUGAAUUUCUGAAGACCAUGUUUGAAUUUGGUACUGCCUACAAAUCAUUCUCUGUUAGUGCACAGCUACAUUUACUGUAAACCUCUGCUGAGAUAACAAGCUUGUUGAAAUUGGCUGAGAUCCAUCUGCUGCUCCGUCUGUUAGACCACCCAUCUUCAUCACUCCCAGUGCAAAGACCCAAAGCUCGGGCCCUUUCUAACCAUAUCAAGCAUUUCCAAAAAUUGAGAAAGGUUAUAUCAAGUAAAUUUUUUAAAAAAUGUUUUUGUGUUAGCAGUGACCAAGCUACCGCAGCCAUCUCUCUUAUAUAUUUAACUAUUCAGGAGGCAAGCAGCACCUGGAGGUAGCUUAGAAUGAGCCCAACACAUUCCCUUCUUCCACUGCUUGCUGAAUCAGAGGGGAAACUGGAGAAGUACAAAUCCCUGUGGAAUUCUGCUUUUGCUGGAUGGACUCUGUCACUUAAAGUUGUUUGAAACACUCCCCUCUCCUCUACCACAUACCACUAUUAUUCUUGGAAAUGAACAUAAGAAUAAAUUAUGCUGUAUUUGUCUAA